AUGAUAGUAAGUAAAAGAAAAGUGAAAAAGAUAAUACUUUUAAUGCUUACAGCAGUAUGCGUUUAUGAACUCCUACAAAUAGUUUAUUUAUUGGAUUAUAGAGAUACAAAAAUUGAUAAAUUAGAAAUUAAAGAUACAGGAAACACAACAAAAGAACCAGCGUUGUAUGAAUUUAUAAGUGAAGAGGAAAGUGCUUAUGACACGGAAUCAACUGAAGAGAGUAUAAAGUUUAUUCUUCUAACGACAUCUGAAGCAGAUUUGCAAUUCCCCUUCACUCUAUUCAAUAAGGAUAACACAAUUUUCGUUGAUAACGAAUGUGAUUACACCAACUGUUACAUUACAUACAACAAAUCCCAUUUAAAUGAAGACGAUUUCGACAUGGUAGCAUUCAACUCGCCUGAUCUCCAAGAAGUCGUUGUACCAGAAAUACGUUCACCGCAUCAGAAAUACGCCUUCUUUUCUAUUGAAUCACCCCAAUAUCACCCUGUGUGUAACGAUAUGUAUGACGACUUCUUCAAUUGGACCUUCACCUACAAACUCAACUCAGACUUUAGGUCUUGGUUCUUCGAUAUAUACGAUUCCAAUGAAAUCAGAAUCGGACCUCCAGUAGAUGUUUGGUCUAAUUUCGAAAAAAUAGAUGAUGAUUUAAAGACCCGGUUAGAAAGUAAACAGAAAAUCGCAGCAUGGUUUGUCUCCAAGUGCGAAACUAUGAGCGCUAGGGAGGUGGUAGCUCGCGAACUUGACGAGGAGUUGCUGAAGAGAUACGGCUGGUCUAUUGAUGUGUACGGAGAUUGUGGUAAAUAUGCCUGUCCAAGGCGAUACGCUCAACUAUGCAAUGUAAAGAUCGAAGAUGAGUAUUUUUUUUAUUUGGCAUUUGAGAAUUCCUUUGCUGAGGACUAUGUGACUGAGAAAAUAUUGCUAGCUUUGAAUAAUUAUGCCGUGCCUAUCGUUUAUGGCGGAGCGAACUAUUCCAGAUUCCUUCCACCAGAUAGCUAUUUGAACAUUCGAGAACUGGGUGUCGCUGAAGUAGCUAGAUUGAUGCACAAGGCGUAUAAACAUCGCGAGUACUAUCACAAUUAUUUUAAAUGGACAAACUACCUCUCGUACCGCCACGUCUCAAGAAAGAGUCAGGUGUGUCAGAUCUGCGCUGUUUUGAAUGAUAAAGAAGAGAUGCAGAGGACCACGACGUACCCAGAGUUUAGGAACUGGUGGAAUAGAGAUGGGUGGGAGAAUGAGUGCUCUUUGAUUGAAGGUCUCUUCUGA